GAAACAAUGAGAGAGAGAGGACGAGGAGUCUCAAGCAUAUUAGCCACUACUUACACAUAAUCUGGCCGCUGGACUCCUCCUUCCUGUUGCCCCACGGAGCCCUUAGCAGCACCUCUUCGCCCAUUUCUCUAAUACUAAUGGUGGGAUAAGAUCAAUUCAAAGAGCGAGGAUUGUGCAUGGAACCUCCUGUCCAUUGGUUUGACUGAUCUUGCAAGCAAGCUGAUUGCAUCACAGUGACAACUUAUUGCACUGCCGUCAGCCCGCAUCCUGGAGCCUUUGAUUGGCAUUUCUAAUGACCUUUAGCAGAUUCCCUGCUGGAUAAACUGUAGAUUGACAGUUGUUUCACUCAGAGCCAUUUGUGUAGCCCAUGGCUGUCUAGCAAACUGUUGUGAAACUCUUCCUUUUCAUUAUCUGCACUACAAAAAAGUGCCAAGAAGAUGCAGAAGCAAGUGGAGAUCAGAAUGCAUGAGAAUCAUCUGGAUCCUCUUCCAGAGCCUGAAGAGUCCAUAUGUGGAAGCUGCUGUGACAAACUCAUGAAGAACCUGCUUCUAACGCUCACUGUUCUGGGUGUGAUCACUGGUUCAGUAGCUGGUAUUUUGCUGCGGUACGCAUCACCACUGCCCGCUGAUGUCAUCAUGGUCAUUGCCUUCCCUGGCGACAUUUUGAUGAGGAUGUUAAAAAUGGUCAUUUUGCCACUGAUCAUCUCAAGUUUGAUCACAGGUUUAGCUGGCUUGGAUGCCAAGUCGAGUGGCCGCCUGGGCACAAGGGCCAUGAUUUACUACAUGUCCACCACUGUCAUCGCAGCUGUGCUGGGGGUGAUUCUGGUGCUCCUCAUCCACCCUGGAAACCCCAAACUCAAGGCAAACCUGGGCGAGGGCAAAAAGAAUGACGAAGUGUCCAGUUUAGAUGCCUUCUUUGAUCUCAUCCGAAAUCUGUUUCCAGAAAAUCUCGUUCAGGCUUGUUUCCAGCAGAUCCAGACUGUUACUACUAAGGUGGAAAUCGCUCCUCCUCCCCCUCCAACUCGGUUUGGACGAAACGCUACCAAGGGUGCAGCGAAAUAUGUGAUCAAGAAAUCUCUUCAGUUCAAGAGCGGCAUGAAUGUGUUAGGUAUCAUUGGUUUCUUUGUGGCAUUUGGGAUUUGCAUGGGAAAGAUGGGAGAGAAGGCCAAACUGAUGGUUGAUUUCUUCAACACUCUCAAUGAGAUCGUUAUGAGGCUUGUCGGCAUGAUCAUGUGGUAUUCCCCCAUUGGUAUUGCGUGUUUGAUCUGUGGGAAGAUCAUCUCCAUUAAUGAUCUGGAAAUGGUGGCCAAACAACUGGGCAUGUACAUGGUCACGGUCAUCGUUGGACUCAUUAUUCAUGGAGGCAUAUUUCUUCCCUUAAUAUAUUUUGUAAUCGUUCGGAAAAACCCAUUCAAAUUCUUCAUGGGACUUUUCCAAGCUUGGGUCACCGCCUUAGGAACAGCUUCCAGUGCUGGCACAUUACCUGUCACUUUCCGCUGCUUGGAAGAAAAUCUGGGUAUCGACAAGAGAGUGACGCGAUUCGUGUUACCUGUUGGAGCAACCAUCAACAUGGACGGUACUGCACUUUAUGAGGCCGUAGCUGCCAUUUUUAUUGCCCAGAUGAAUGGAAUCGAACUUGAUCCUGGUCAGAUCGUGACAGUCAGCCUGACGGCCACUCUGGCUAGUGUUGGAGCAGCCAGUAUUCCCAGUGCUGGUUUGGUGACAAUGCUUCUGAUCUUGACAGCUGUUGGACUGCCGACUCAAGACAUCAGUUUACUGGUAGCAGUCGACUGGCUUCUGGAUCGCUUCCGAACAUCAGUCAAUGUCAUUGGCGACUCGUACGGGGCAGGAAUCGUGUACCACCUCUCUAAAGAUGAGCUUGACAUGUUCGAUGCACAGCAGAUUCGGCCAGAUGACUUUGAGAUGGCCAAGACACAGUCCUAUUACGAGAAUAACUCUAACCACGGUGUAUAUCACAACUCCUGUCAGCCGAUCCAAAUAGAUGACUGCAAGGUAACCUUGGCCUCAAAUGGCUCCCCUGCGGAGUUCUCACUUGUUGAGGAGGAACCAUGGAUUCGCGAGUAACACAGCACACAGAUCCAGCACCGCCUUAUCCUGAGUCCCACAAGCUUAUCCUUUCUGCUGAAAACCAAAUGCUAACAUUAUGCAUAUAAACAGUCAGAAGUUUUCACACAUUUUUUCACAUGCACAAACACCUUGUUUUUUUGUAUUACAAUCUCAGUACAUCUGAAUUUAGCUGGCACUGAUUGUGGUUCAUACGGGGUAUAUAUAUAUAUAUAUAUAUAUAUAUAUAUAUAGUUUUAGGAUUGAUGAUUGGUCUAUAACCUGCUGCCUUAGGGCUAUCGACCCCAGACUGACCCUAAAGCACCACUAGUGGCAGGUAGACAGAAGUGCAGCUUGUUUGCUGACCAUACCUUUGACUAGUUUGGCUUAGGUGGAUUAACCCUUGGUAGCGGCACUCCAGAUCAGCCUCUUAUAAGAGCUUACCAAUGUACUUAGAGGUUCGGAAAUAGCCGUUUGCCUCCAAAUGCUGCCACUUAUUUUUAGACGCCGCUCAACGUAAUUGCCACGUCAGCAAUUAGAGAGCAUUCAGACAUCGAGUUGAUCGACGUUAUCUGACAGUACUGUUGGUUGUGAUAUACUGUUGGCUUGUGAAGUGAACUGUUUGAUAUGUUUAAGGGACUUGCAUGUGUGUAGGUUUUGUACGUAUCUGUGUGCUUUGUUAAGUUGUCGAUUUAUUUAUAUGUUUAUUUGCUAAGUUGCAAUCUUGCCUUGAAGACAUCAACUGCAAACUGUGCAGAGAGAAGACGAUAAUAUUAAAUGAAAUCCCAUUUGUUUGGAUGCUAGAUCACUGAUAGUGAUUCUCAGAGGAGCCUUCUUGGAUGCUCGGAUAUUACGUCCAGUUAAAUGGAUUCUUUAUUGGCCCUCAUGUAUUUGGUGCUCAGGUUGUUAGCAUGUUAUUCGAACAGAAAAACAAGAUGACAGAUUUGAGAUCUAUCGUUAAGCAUGCACCAUUUAUUUGAUAGUAUCUACGUUGUUUAAUAGCAAAACAAUCAAGAUUCCUCUUUUGCACCAGAAUCUUAAAAUGUUCUCAUUAAAGUGCCUCCUUGCACUUUCUGUAAAUAAAUAAAUACACACACAAAUAUAUAAUCUGUUUUAUUUUAGAUUUAUUUUUCAUGCAAACUAAUGUGUAGUAUUAAUCACCUGUCGGCUAUUGUUUUAUAAAACAAUCGCAUUUCAUGUAUUCAAUUCAGUAUAUUAUUUUACUAGAUUAGAGUAUAACAGGUUGUCUUGAGUAGUUAUCAUUAUUGUAUACUGUACACAUCACUGGGAACAGGUGGCUGUGAAAUAUUGUUUGAUGAGUACAAAUGUGUGUAUAUGAAUGCAAGUAUUUUUUCACUGUUACAAUUCAUGACGAGAAUGUGUCUCACAUAUUGUGUUAAACAUUUUGGUAGGGAUUAUGACUAGGGGGAAAAGUCAAAUAACUAAUUAUUAUAACUAAGGCUCAUUGAGUGCAGAGAAAAUUAUGUAAAUUCAAUGUAAAUGUAAAUAAAGGAAAUUGUACACAACUUAGAGACAGUAUCUAUGAUAUGAAUAUGUGCGCUGUUGGCAUAUGUGUUCAGGCAGGGCCUGACAUUUCUGUAGACAAACGGUACUAUGAUGUAUGCUAUAAAUGUGACCAUCCUUCUCUUUUUAUUAUCUGCAACCCUGUUUGGUUUCAAAGACAUCAAGUAACUUUGUCUACCAAACUGUCCACUUUAUAAAAUUUGUCUUUUUUCUCUGUUUUCUAUGAAACACCUUUAACCAAUUGUAAAUAAAGCCAAUUCUUCUUGUCUCA